UCUAUAAAAAUUCAUUCAAUUGGAUCAAACCUUCAGAUAUUUUAUGGCUUCCAGUGUCGCUUACAUGUAUCUAACUCUUAGUUUAGAAUCUAAGUUUUCUAAAACCCUCUGCGACCGGCCAGCGGUUUGGUAAAGUACGUUCAGUUUGCCGCACAACCUGAAACCCUUUCUCAAACUAAGCCAGCGAAAUACAUUAGUUCCGCAGUUUAAAUCCUGUUUGCCUAUCAUUCUAUUUCUAACGCUAGUUUCUUAUUUCUUACCCGCUAUUUGGGCGCAUUCACAAGUCUUGAGUUUCAGAAAAAUAACUUUAGUUCUGCUUUAUUUUGAAAUCCCCAAACUAAUCGAUAGACAAUCAGUUUUAGAAGAUUAAUUUAGCCUUAUGUUGCCAUUCAAGUUAUUCCAUACCAUUCAUUAAAACAAUUCACUUCAAAAAGUAGAUUAUUUUUCAUCAUUAUUAGUUUUAAACAUCUUCCUUUCACAAUUUAGUUGGAGAGCUUUUAAUAUAAAAUGUCAUUGUCUAGUCUGUGGCGAGUUUUUACCCCGGUAGUUUCCACCAUCGCUGUUGCAGGCAUAAUCGUGAUCGGAUUAUUCGGUCUGGUGCUCGGCCCCCUCUGCUUCAGCAACCCUGGAUCCCCAGACAGUAUCUGCAAAGUGGUCAGAUCACAACUAGUCGCAGCAGCCCUUCUUUCCAUUGGAGUAACUGUCGCAACAGUCUUAAUUGUCAUCAUCGUCAUCGAAGUGUAUUCGAGGAAUUUCGCCCCUCGUGAAGACGGAAUGAGUGGCAUGCUCGUCUACAAGUCGCCUCUGAAGUUUACAGAUGAAGAAAUAGGUGAAUUGAAAGGCAGCAACUUUUGCACAAAUUUUGAAGUUCGAAAGAAGGAGAAUAGAAUUGGCCUGCCUUCAUAAGAACUCCUUUUAUCUUCUACCGUCU